AUGAGUGAGAAAAAACAAUACAUCUCAACGGAUCCUGCUGACAAGAUCAAAUUCCGUGCGGACCCUCAAGAAGAGCAGAAGCAAUAUCUGAAGAUAACGAAUAAGAGUGAAAUGAAACAAGCAUUUAAAGUGAAAUGUACUCGGAAUGAUUUGUUUCGUAUCAAACCGUCGACGGGCAUUCUCGAUUACAAUCAAUCAUUGACAAUUGUUCUCAUUUAUAGAGGUGGACAAGAGAAACUUCCAGCGGAAGAGAGACAUCACUUUGGUAUUUAUCAUAUUCCGGCACCUGAAGGAUGUACUUGUGAAGGCGCAUGGGCUGAACAUUAUGGACCUCCACAGGGAGAGCACAAGUUAAGAGUCAUUUGGGAAUAG